AUGGAAGCAGAUCAAUCUAACCAAGAAGAUACAGACCAAGUGAGCCAAGACCAAGACCAAGAUCAAGAUCAAGAACAAGGUAGUACUACUACUACUCAAGCUAGAUCAUAUGAGUGCACUUUUUGCAAGAGAGGAUUUUCCAAUGCACAAGCCCUAGGUGGUCAUAUGAAUAUUCAUCGUAAAGACAAAGCUAAGCUCAAACACUUGAGAUCUUCAAGUCAUGAUGAGCAAUCUCUUGACAUCUCAAAGAUUCAUAAUCCGUCUUCGUUUUCUCCGAUUUCAUCAAACGUAUCGAAUCCGUCAUUGGAAGCUAAAUUUAGUGAAGAAGAAAGAUCAAGAUUGAUGAUCAAGUGGCCUUGGAGUGUUCUUGAUAAUACUUCUAAGAAGAAUAAACCCUAUGUUGAAGAAAUUCAACAAUUAUCUUUGUUUGUAGAUAAACCAUCUAGUAAUAAAGAUCGAGUUCAUCAUCAUUAUCGCCAUCAUCAACAAGAAGAACAACGAGAAAGCACUCCGAUUCAAGGGAGAACCGCAACGGAUCUUUCGUCGAGUAAUUCAGAGGUAGACCUUGAACUUAGACUAGGUCCUGAACCUCAGGAUACAUCGCCGGCCGAAGGUACUAAAAGGUUCUUUUGAAGUUGCAUAUAUAUACUUAAAUUAUUUAUUAAUUAUAUUGUC